GAAAACCCAUAUUUUCCUUGUUGUCAGAGUGGAUAGGCUUUUAUUUUGGAGAGCCGCGCGCUCACGCUGUCCACUCUGAGUGAGUUUGUUUAUUCCUGUCAGAGAUAUUUUCUUCUGAACGACGUGUUUCUAGUUGAACCCUCGGACCUGUCCAGCCGGUGGAGUUCAGCUCGUUAUCGGACUGAGCGCAUCUGCAGUGCUCGAUAUUUCAGUUAUACCAGCCGGUUAAAGCUGCUCUAACGGCAGUCUGCUGCUGAGUCAACAUCACGCUGGAGAUCAUAACAGCAAGUGUGCACUGCAGAUAACUGUUUGGAGAUCAUCGGCCGAUGCCCUUGCGUCUACUGUUGGCGAGGAAGCUAGCUGGGUUCUGCAUGUAUGCUGCUGUAUGGAGGGUAGAACUAUAUUCUUGACCCCAGCAUGGACUCCCAUGGCAAGCAGUGCUCCUGCAGUGCCCACCACUCCACCCCAAGCGUCCAUCAGACCCUUGACGAGAUGGACUUUGAGAGAGGUAUAUGGUCAGCAGCUAUGGACGGCGACUUGGAGAGGGUCAAGUCCUUGUUAAGAAAGGGAACUGAUCCAAAUAUCAAAGACCAGGCCAGCUACACUGCUUUGCACUACUCCAGUCGAGCAGGUCACAGGUCAGUGUGUGAGCUCCUCCUGGACCACGGGGCCUGUGCUAACUCCCAAACCCGUGGUGGGGCCACUCCCCUGCACAGAGCGGCCUACUGUGGCCACCUUGCCAUCGUACAGCUGCUGCUGACCCAUGGAGCUAACACCCGACUAACUGAUGAUGAUGGAUCAACGGCGCUGCAUAAGGCAGCUGAGCAGGGCCACCUGGAGGUGUGUGAAUUGUUGGUGAGCAGCUGUCCCAUCUUGAGAACCGUGAAGGAUAGGAGAUUACGCUUACCUGUAGAUCUGUGUCCAGAGAACAGCGCUUUACUGGAGCUGCUAAACCCUCAAUGACCUGCUCUGCUUGCCAAAAAGAGAGACUUGGAGGAGAAGGAGUUUCAAGCAAGCUGUAGAACUCACUUAAGGUUCAGGCUGGAAAUGAUCUCAGGAAGUCCACUCAUGCUCCUGUCCACUCAAGGGAGUAAAUAAAACUUUUACACCCCUG